AAACACGCCGCUGUUAGACUUACGCCUUUCAGUUGUCUAAUAUAUUUUACAUUUCAAUCGUUUUGUAAAGUGAAAUUUCACCGUUGUAGCUUUUUAACUAAGUUUGCGGCGUCUCAUUUUACUGAAUAAGUGUCUCAUAUUGACUCACAGUGAAGGGAGGUAUAGUAUAUCUAUUACAACCGUGUAAACUAUUAAGUAUAUUACAACCGUGUAAUGGCAAUGUCGACAGUAGACGAGGCUUAUGAAAGAUCGAUGUCGGAUUACCCCAUUGAGAGUGCUAAUGAGGUCAGAAAAUAUUACAAGGGCGAAUAAAUAUGAUGAUGACGUGACAGCGAUGACGUACCGCGCACCUGAUGCAGCAGUGGGAAAAGCAGCAACUCUUUUAACCGAAAAGCAGAAGAAAGUGUUUAACAUACUUGACCUAGGAUCAGGCACAGGAUUGGGGGGUGUUUCCCUGCGUAAGUUUGGCUUUCAAGGGGAAAUUACAGCGCUGGAUGGCGCUGCGAAAAUGUUACAGUUGGCCAUGGCAAAAAAUAUUUACAGCGACUGUAACGAGCACAUUCUUACUUCAAACCAACCCCUACCCUACCCUGAUGACACUUUUGACUUGAUUAUUUCUGUUGGAGGGUUUGGGAACAACAUGAUACAACCGGAUUGUUUACAGGAGGUAUUGCGAGUUUUAAAGCCUGGUUGUUAUAUCGUUCUCACCAUUCGUAUGCACAGCAAGUGCAACGAAUAUCAAUACUGCAUAAAUAAGGAACUAAAACGACUGGAAGCAAAUGGCUUAAUGCAAGUAGCUUCAAGGGAAGAGUUUAUGCAUUAUAACUGGAAAGAUGUGACGAUUGAUGAAGGACUAGAUUUUAACGACCAGUUUGGAGAAGUUCUAGCUCUAUUUAAAGAUCCAAUUUAAUCUCUUUUUAUCCGCAUGCUUCUCCCGUAUUCUUCAUAAACAGAUUGUAUAUAAAAACCAUAUUAAUCACAUAG